CCAAAACCCAACCAACGCCAUACGCCACCAGACCCAACGCUGUCUCCUCCUCCACUCACCCCUUUCCUCAACCUCCGCCGGCGGCCUAGAUCCCGGCCAACUCCGGCCACUCCCUUGCCCACCGACCACCGCCCCAGAACCCCCUCCUUCCCCUCUCUCUAUUCCACCCAAGAGAACCACCAAAUCGAACCCUAGCUCGGUAUCCCGGCCGAUGGCGGCGCCAUGGGCGUCCAUGGCGACGGCGGCGCCCGGAAGCGGGUUGCGGGCACCCGGAUAGACGACCUGCAUCACCGUGCGGGGCAAAUGUGCCGGCUUGCAAUCCCGGCCUUCACUGGCGCUGGCGACCUCAGGGCCGACCGCGCUCCGGACGGCUUCAGCGCCUACCGGACCUCCUCCACGUCGUUCCCCUUCCUUUCCCUCUGCUGGUGAUGCCCUGUUGCCGCCGCCGCCGGGAGGAGCUCGCCGCGGCGCUGGUAUGGUAGCGGGCAUGUGAGGGCGACGAGAUGGGGGUCGCCUUCCCGGAGUUGCUGCUGCUAGCGACCUCCGCGACCACCUACCCGAGCUGGUGGCGUCAGCGUCAUCCCCGACCUGCACCUGCCGGCCACCACUCCAUACAGCUGCAGCAGGCCAUCUGCCCAGCCUGAUGCUCCCGGUGUAGAAGAUGACGACGUGGAACUCUGCUAUAUUCUUCUACUUUCUGUAUUUGUGGAGGCUGCUUGUGGAGGGUCUUGGGUGACUUGCUUUGUGGUGGCAGCUGCGUUGGCUUGCCUUGGGCUGCUUUGGUGAUGCCGUUUUUGCUCUGGAGGUUCAUUUGGUAGACAGCAAUGUGAAGAAGAAGUAGAAGAAGAAGGCUCUGCUAUAUUCUUCUGCUUUCUGUAUUUUUGCAACCCGCUUGGGGAGGGUCUUGGCCGACGUGCUUUUGAGGCGGCGGCUUGCCUAGGGCUGCUUUGAUGAAGCCGUUCUGGCUCUGGGGGUGCAGUUGGUAGACAACAAUGUAAGGUUCUGGGUGACGCUUGGGGUCUGGCGGAGCAAUCGUGCUGCUAUGUUACUUGAAGAAAAGAAGUUUGAGAUGCUAGCCUGGUAUGUAGUUGUUUUCUGUGUCGGGCAAGCUAGCAGGCAGAGGCAGCGUACUCCUGUGUGUGCACAUGGUAAAGGCUUUCGAUGGAAGACCCAGCUUUCCGGUGGAGCGGCGUGGGCCAAGUCAACUCAUGGCGGCAUAUGAACCUCCAGAGCAGCGCCUCUUCACCACCUUCCAAUCUUCACCCCAAGUCUCGGCCGGCCUCACUCCAUUGCUUGCUGCCAGCAGACGGACUACCUCGGCCGCUUCAACGCGCUGCCGCCCUCUGAUUCCGAAGAUAGUACACCAAAGAAAAUCAGAACGAAGUCCCAACAGGAGAAACACUACAAACGAAGCAAAACAUCGUCGUCGACACGCACGCACACUCCAAGAAAGCAUCCUGAAGCCCCAUCGUUGACGAUCAAUCCCCAUUUUCCAACACACACGCACUGAACUCUUUGAAGGUCCGGACAGUUCCCGCAAUGAAGCUCCCGGGCCGCCGCCUCCUCGCCGUCGCAGCAGCCGCGUUGCUCGUGGCCACGUCGCUGCUGGUCGCCACCCUCCUCACCGCCUCGCCGCUGCAGUUGCUGCCGCUGCUGCCGUGCCUGCCCGCUGUCACAGCACCCUCGGGUGCCGGGUACAAGCCGCCCGGCCUCGCCGCGCUCGCCGACGCCGCCGUGUACUACGCCACCACACGGACGGUGCCGCAGCAGUCGCGCGCCGAGUUCGCGCUCUCCCUGGACGUGCUCCGCCGCCGCGCGCCGGUGCGGCUGCUCGUGUUCGGCCUCGGCCACGACUCGCCGCUCUGGCACGCGCUCAACCCCGGCGGCGCCACCGUGUUCCUCGAGGAGGACCCGGAGUGGUACCGCGUCGUGCGGUCGCAGUCGCCGCACCUGCGCGCGCACCUGGUCCGCUACCGCACGCGCCUCGACCACGCGGACCUCCUCCUCGGCUCCUACAAGCGGUUCCCCUCGUGCGUCCCCGGCGCCGGCGCCGGCGCCGAGCCCGCCGUCCGCGCCAACGCCGCGUGCCCGCUCGCGCUGCACGACCUGCCGGCCGAGGUGUACGAGAACGAGUGGGACGUGCUCAUGGUGGACGCGCCCAAGGGGUACUUCCCGUCGGCGCCCGGGAGGAUGGCGGCGAUAUGGACGGCGGCCGCCAUGGCGCGCGCCAGGCGCGGCGAGGGGGACACCGACGUGUUCCUGCACGACGUCGACCGCAGGGUGGAGAGGAUGUUCGCCGAGGAGCUCCUCUGCGACAGGUUCCGGGUCGGAGGGACCGGCCGGCUCUGGCACUUCAGGAUCCCGCCGGUUUCACGGCGGGCCAACACCACGACGGCGGCCGGCGGUGGCGAGAGGCCGUUCUGCUGACAAUGCAAGUUGAGUUCUUUUGGAGACCUCCAAAUCCGGCGAAGCGGCAGCAAGGCGCCCUCUGAUUCGCCGCCUUGAAUCUUGAUUCCUGCAAGCCGGCUGCUAUGUCCAUUGCAUUAAAUCUGUGCCAAGGCAGAUGAACAGGAUGCCAGGAACACACAGCGUGUCGUCGUCAAUGCCGUGGCAACAGCAGAUCUAGGCAGCGACAGGAUCACAGGGCCGUACAGGAGAGGACCCAUGCCCCAUCAUAUCUCACUAGUGGAUUCUGCCUGCUUUCAAUCACUUUAUCGUUGCAAAGGGGUUUCCCUUUCCUUUUUUACAUUAUUUGUGUGUGUGUGUGUGUGUGGCGCGAUGCUUAUAUUCAGAUCAAUUUCGAUGCAACCAGAGACUUCCUAUGAACAUGUGUAAUAUAUAAUACUUUUUUUUGUAAUUAUGAA